AUGUCUCUAACUAGAUUUGUCAUGUUUCAGAUUUCUUUGUAUUUGUCCCAACUUUAUUGGGGAUCUGUAAUCAACAUGGUCUUUCUUCUACCAUUCCCUGCUGUAUACAGCAUUGGUCCACUUAAAAGUGUCAUAAACUGUUUCUAUCUUACUAGUAUAUGGUUCUUAUUAUUUGGAUGGUCAGCUCUUAUGAUGUUCUGGAUUUUAAUGGUCAGGCUUAGAUCUUUGGCAAGGCCCGACAGCAUUUUUUUUAUUGGACAAAAACGUUACUACACAAUGCUACUUGUUAUGUUAUUAUAUGUUAUCCUUCCCAUUUUCUGUUCUUGGAUUCCUGGAUAUUCAUCUGAAGAAAAAACAAAAAUUUAUGUUGCGAAAUAUUAUCCAAACUGCAAUAAGGCAUUAGAUUUACCAGGAAUAUUUGUGAAUACCAGUCCAGCAGCAAUUUUAGCAGUUACUAUUGUUAGCUUUGGAUUACUAACUACUGGAGGAAUCUUCUACAUCACAUUAUGUUGCAUUAUCAUUUACGAAAUUCGUCAGCAAACCUCUACUUGGAGCAGCAGAAAACGGAAGUACCACAUAAAAGUUCUUCACGAUACUGUAGUGCAGAAUGCGGUGAAAUGUGUUUUUUUGGCAGUUGCACCUGCAGUUGAGCUUUGGAAUAUAUUCCUAGACCCAGGCACAGAUACAAUUCGUAAGCAUUUGAAAAGCUUAGAAAGAAUUUGCAAAAAUAUGUAUUCAGUGCUGACCAUGGUUGCAAAUGUAAUAUUUGUGGCUGCCCCCAUUCCAUGCACUUUGUUAAUGUUCUUCCAAAAUCGAAGUUACCGAAAAUUCUUUGUCGAAACAUUCGGAUGUUACUUCUGCGUUUCUGGUGCUUCAUCAAUGCAAGAUAAUUCAAAAAAAAGUGGUGUUGCAGUUUUCACAAUUCAACAAAAAAAUUGGCUUUAG